AUACUCGAACAUCCUUCGUUGACUUUUUACAGCCAUCAUCCAAAGCUCCAUGUCGAAUAUAGUUAUGCAAUAAGUAGUAACUUUAAAACGGUUCGCCCAACCACUUUGCCGUCGUGAGCUAGUGUAGCAGACACAUUGGGGCAAUAAAACGCCAUACUUCAGCGACUCUGUACCACUACACCGUUCGAUCAGUAAGCUAUUGACCCCGCCCUGAACGUGUGCCCUCCGUUACAGCGACCCACAGCGGCAGGGGACAGACUGCGCUGAACAACUUCAACAUCAAACUGCUCGACACGGACAGCAUCAACUCGAUCCUCGGGAAGCUAGUAGGCGUUCAGGAAUGUUUCAAGUGCUCGAUUCUGAACGUGGUCAACAAUGGACGCGUUCGCAAGUUAUCUGAGGCGAUCAGAAAGUGUAUGAACGCGUCCCCAACGCGGCCGUUCCCACCCGGCUGGAACCCCAUGUUCCCGCCCAUCAUGCCGUACCCGGGCUUCUUCGGACCUGGUAUCAACCCAAUAUGGCUGCAAGCAUUUCAAGCCGCUCGCAGGGCGAAAAAUGAAGCCGCGGCGGCUGCAGUUACAACAGAGGCACCGACUCCGGACACGAGGCCUGCAUCGUUCAGCGCUCAGCCCGAGGAGCCCAGUGGUCGGCGAAAAAGGCAGGCGGGAGCACUGUACCCGGCGGGGCUGUACCCCGGGCCGGUCCCCGGCAGGCCGGGCGCCGCGCUGCCCCCGGGCACGGGCGGCGCCACCGCUCCAGGACAACGCACCGCCUGGGGAAAUCAGGUGGACGCCAGGGUUCGCUGCGUCCUCUCGGACCUCGGCCUCGUAGGACGGGACAGAGAGCUGGACAGCGACGACCUCCACAAGCUCAUUGAUGGCAUCGUAACUGAUGAACAGAGUAAAAAGCGUCUCACAUCAAUAUCGGACGCCUGUUUCAAACAGUCGACCAAGUCCAGCCACAGCCUGGCGUAUUAUCUGACCCACCCACACCAGGACAGCCAGGAAACCGUUUACGUCAAGUGCAUUCUGGGGAAGUUGGACCACGCCUGUCAGAAGGAGUACACGGACAAGUACAACCCGAUGAAGGCGGAGAUGUUGCGACUGAAGCAGGCACGCUGUCUGCUCUCCGACCUUCGACCGGACGGCCAGGUGCUCUUCAAGACCAUAUCGUGUGUCGGCGAAACGUUCCAAAAAGUGUCGCAGGCAUUUGCCAGCGAAACCAGAACAGCGACCGUGCCGCUGACGCCGGUCGCGCCGGACACGUGUCGCCGCGAGCCGUUCCUGUUCGACCCGGUGGUGGCCCUGCUGAAGCUGCCGCCGGCGUUCUCUGCCACGGCUGAGCGGCUGGCCGUGCAGCAGAUGGUGCAGUGCGUGCUCAGCGAGCUGGGCGUGUUCGCCUCGUUCGCCGCGCCGCUCAGCGCUCCGGCCGUCACCAAGGUGGUGGACGGCAUGCAGGGCACCAUACUGGCAAAGAACAAGCUGAAGGAGGCGUCAGCCCGCUGCAUAAUAGCCACACCGCAGCCAAAGGACAAGGCAGAGCUGGUCGGCUACAUCAACUGCGUUCUGGAUUUCCUCGGAGACGAUUGUCCCAACUACAGCAGGGACACAGAGAACGCGUCGUUCUUCGAGAUAAUACCCACGUUCCUCGGCGAGCGUCCUCCAACGAAUGGCACAGGAGCGCCUCUCCGUCCGCUGCCAGGGAUCGCGUCCCUCUCCACUCAGCGGCCGACACUGGUGCCCACGCCGCCGGGUCCACUGGCCAACACCACCGAGCCCAUCCCGGUACCGCCGGGCCCGCAGCCGGGGCCGCAGCCGACCGGUCAGCCGCCGUUCUUCGGCGACCCGCUGUCGGCGGCGGCCGGCCCGUUCAGCGCCGGUUUCGGCUCGUUCGGCGGACUGUCGGGGAUGCCAUCGGCGCCGUCACCGCUGUCAGCCGGCCUGCCGCCGGAGCUGUCGGCAGGAGGGGGCCCGCUCGGCUUCAGCAGCCUGGCCGGCCUGGUGAGGCGCGUGAAGCGACAGCGCGGGCAGGGCAGACAGCCGCGGGGGCAGGACGGGCCGGACUCAGACGGUGGAGCAGGGGCGAGGAUGGUCAGCGGCCUGCCGGAGGAGGGCCGAACAGAGCUCGCCAGCCGACAGAGGAACCCUCCUCUGGGGCGAGCAGCAGCGGGGCAGCUUCGUGAGCGUCCCACCGACCGCGCCGAAGGUUUUCCAGAGCGCAGAGAACGACAUACGCGCACCAGAGAGCACGGGGAGCGUGCUGUGGCCAAGAUGAGCCUCGGUCGGGUGGAGAUCAGACCGAUUUAAUCACUGCUGAUCGCGAUCGGUAGAACGGCUCUCUUCUUGCUCCUUAGAGUUGAUACGCUCUUUAAGAGCUGAUAUGAGAGUUGUUAAAGUGAGCUGAACUCAUGACAUUUUUAUAUCAUUGUUGCUUUUUAGUGUAUCAACGGUGCCCAUGAGUCCGUACCGAUUUAAUAGGUUAUCAUGCAUGCCCUGUAAACAUUGUCUUCGAAAUACAUGUUUUUGCUGGAAAA